GUUCUUCUUGUCUAGGGCUACCAGGAAGUACCCGACAACACACCUCACUCGUAAACACCAAAAUAUUGAAAAUAUCACCAACAUAGUGACGACACUCAGGAGACAUGGCAGAAGCCGACCCGAGACCGGAAUACAGAUGUUUGAUGUGUACGUCACCCUACAAAGAACCGAGGCUGCUCCCUUGUGGUCAUACUUUCUGCUGCCGAUGUCUGACGUCAUACAUCGAAGCGGAACACGUCACAGCAGAUGAGGACCGACACUUCUUUCCUUGUCCUGUCUGUGAGGCGCCAAUUAAUCCUGAUGACGGCAAUACGGCCGUAAGUACAUGGGCGACAUGUUUUCUGAAAAAUGAUUUCCUUGUUUCCUCUAUAGCACAGUCCGCCGAUGUCCUUUUCUGUGCGCCAUGUCUACGUUGGAAAGAAUCGAACCCUGCCGAGGUCACGUGUACCGAGUGUGAAGAGAAGCUCUGUAAACAAUGCAGAAUUUGCCAUGAACGGAACAAGGCAACAGCUGCUCAUCGACUUGUCUCCAUCUCUGGCAAUGUUGGACAACUUUGUGAUGUAAAAGUCUACGAAAUCUGUCAUCAACAUAGUGGAAAACCCCUGGACGUGUACUGUGUAGACCACAGCGCUAUGUGUUGUAGUAUCUGUGUGUCGGUGUCACACAGACAAUGUAACAAUGUUAAACCAAUGGAGGAUGUGAUCAAGAAGACAAUGGCUAAACAGAGUCCCGGUGAGACAGAAUGGAAGGAGCUGACAGAGGAAACAAAGAAGAUGUUAGAUGAGGACGAUUUAGGGAUAACAACGCUAAACGCAAGAGAAAAAGAAGUUUCAGCGGAAAUGACCGACAGGAUACAGAAAGCUAAAGACAAGCUCGAUAACCUCAACGCAAGAUUUCAAUCAGACCUCGCAGGUCAAUGCAGAACAUACAGACAACAACUACUGUCUCGACGGAAGUAUGUCAACACAUUUCACAUCAACGCGGAAAAUUCACAUCUGCUGAUGUCACGUUCAGAUCAACAGUUAUCAGAUCGUCACCGAUUUUUCGUGAGAGAACAAACAAAACAUCAGAUAUCGGGACAUUACCGACGUAUGGAUCAAAACACGAAGAAAGAACCAAAUAGGUUUGACAUCACACUGAAGCUAGAGGAAACGAUUGAUGAAAUCAUGAAAAUGACAACCGCGGGAAAUGUUGACGUCACCUCGACACUUUCACCUGUGUCACAGAAUGCAAAUGGUCGUAUAUGUUCCUUGAUAGAAUCUUUGCUUUUGACGCCUUCAGCUUCAGCAUUUUCGGACUCGACUUCGACUUCCGAUUUGACGGGUUCUCUGCAGCAUCUGACAGUCCAGACUACUCCAGUAACGACCGCGGUGGAUGUAUGGACCGGGUCGGUAUCUUGUGUACAUACGGUUAACACCAGCACACUUGGAGGAGAGGACACGCCUUGGUUGACGGGAGGAAUCUUUACCGACAACAAUGAAUUACUUAUCACAGACUACUUUAACCGUAGACUCCUACUGUUUGAUGAUAAAUAUUCCUACACGAGAGAAUAUAAAGUUAACGGUCGCCCUACAGAUAUAGCACGUGGACGUACUGCUGAUGAGAUAUUUGUGGCUGUAGACGGGAUACAGAUACUGAGAUGUACACUACAGAAUGGUCAGCUGUCCGUGAUCAACACGAUCAGUAGUCCUCCUAGUACCUGUGGGUAUAGCAGUACUCGGGGACAACAUCCUGGUCGGUACUGAUCAUAGUGUGGAGGUUAUGUCUAUCGAUGGGAAGGUCACAAAGUCAAUAAAGAAGGGAGGAGGUAACACAUACCUCGCAGUAUCUACAUCUAAGUCUACUGUAUACCACAAAGAUAACAAUGACGUAGUGUGUAGACGACUAGACAGUGACGCAGUAGUCUACAGGUACAGGGAUCCUGGUCUGAGAUUAUCCUGUAGGUAUCGGACUGGACCGGGAUGACAAUGUGUAUGUUUGUGGUCACGGUACCGAAAACGUUUACCUCGUUUCACAUGACGGGUCACGUGGGAGGGUAUUAUUGUCCAAGCUGUCCGGUAUCACCAGACCGUGGUGUAUAGUGGUCCAUCCAACCAAACAGGAAUUCGUGGUUACUUCUAAUAAAGAAUCUACUGUACUGGAGGUGUACAAAUUCAGUGACGACAACAUAUAAAUACUUUUAUGUAGAACAUCAAUGGGGUAUGAAUCCGGUAGAGUAACUAGUGUGGGUAAGAUUCGUUAGUCCGAAUUAAUCCGAAUCCCGGUUGAUGUAACGUCGUGCAUAUAGUACUGUGAUCUUUUUGUAUUACUGAAAGUUUUUGUUAAUUUGAAACUGAUGUUCAUUUCUGUAUCUGAUUCACGAAAGACAUUCACUGUAUUACUUUACAGAUGUAUGAAAGGUUCAGGUUCGUUAGUCCGAAUCCCGAUAGACAAUCACCAUUAUACCGUAUCAAGUAUAGUCUUCCGAAACCCGGUGCACUUAGACAGUAUUCUUAAUCAAGUAUAUCAAGGACGUGAUAGCCUUUUAUCAGAGUUUGGUUUAUUUAUCACGUGACACCAGUGAUUCCCAUCAUACCAAAUAGAUCGCCAUGGUCCAUGCGUUGUGAAUGAAUUAUGUACUCAAUCAAUACCGUAUGAAAUAAAGUUAAAUUGACCAAUUGAAUAUACAUUUUUAUACUACUCGUCCAUGUAUGUUUGUUGUCGACAUGGUAAUUGUUUACAUUUUACCUUGAACGAUACGGCGUAUAUUGGUUAUUUUACUCUUUUGUUUUAUCCAAGUGAAACUUUUCUUUCUCCAUAUUUUUAUCUUUAUACUAAUGCGUUAUAUCAAAUAUGCUUUUAAUGUUGAAAAUAUCUUUUAAAUACGAUUGAAAAAUAUAUGGUUUUAAGAAAUAUAAUAAAAUAUGAAAAAUACAUCUUGUGGUUUAACCAUAUUAUAAAAAUGUGAAGUUUAUGUUAGUAAUUAUAGUCAGUCUAGUGUAUUAUAUUAACUUCGUUUUUUGCACGUUUUUAAUUGUCUUUUGGCAUAUAGAAUAAAAUCGGAUAUUGUCUUUUACUUAUAUUUUUCAUUCAAUACAAUGAUACAUGUACAUGUUAAACGGAGCACUUUGUAACAUCUUCACACAACAUCUAUGUACUUACACACAUCUAUAACACCACUCGUACAUCUGCUCAUACAUUUGUACAACAUACACACACACACAAAGAAGAAAUUCUGUAUAAUGAUUAUUACACAACUACAUAACACCACUCGUACAUCUGAUCAUACAUUGGUACAUAAGCACAAACAUACAUAGGAAAUUCUCUAUAAUGAUUAUCACACACACUCCAAUUAUGCAGUGAAUAUUACCGGUAUAUAUGGUAUAGCAAUACUCCAGGCAUGCAAAGAGAUCAUUGUACGCAAAACACCAAUAUAUACAUUAUGAUUACACACCAUACAAUAGAACAUACAUGUUCUUGUAUACCAAUAUAACAUACAUAUUCUUGUUGCAUACCAAUGGAACAUACAUAUUCUAGCAGACCAAAAGACCAUACUUGUUCUCUCAUACCAAUUGAACAUACAUAUUCUCGUAUACCAAUAUUAAGCAUACAUAUUCCUGCACACCAAUAUAACUUACAUGGUCUCACAUACCAAAAUAAUUAUACAUAUUCUGGUGUACCAAUACAAACUUACAUAUUCUCGCACUCCAAUUGAACACAUACAUAUUCUCGCAUAUAAGGAAUGAUAAUUGUUUAUACUUUCAUCAAAGCCUAUAGAAGUUUUAUGCACAUUAUAUUUUGUGUUCAUUUUUUGAAGAACUGAAAGAAUAAGAGAUGCAAAAAAAAGAGAGAAAAAAAUCCCCCCAAAAAAACAGCGCCUGAGCUAAUGGAACUAAUAUUAUAAUAUGAACACUAAUUAACUGUUAUAGUUCUAUAAACCUGUUCCAUUUCUUCCAUUCUUUCUCAGAUUUGCAUCUGACCUUGUCACCCUUACUGUAAGCAAUACACUUUUUGCACUUUGUAGUUGUCGUUGAUUGCGUUUACUAGGGCAUUUAGAUUUAAUUGUAAAAGCUGGUCUUCCGAUGCGUUAAAUGAAAAAA